CCUCGCUAACAAAAGGAGAUAUCCUCGAAAGCCACGUACACUCAUAACUAGGAGAUCAGGUAGAUUCUCUCUCUCUCUCUCUCUCUCUCUAUUUUACCAAAGAAGAUUCAGCUCAAGCAGAGAAAGAAAGAUGGCCACAGAUUUCAAAUCCUUACCAGUCAUCGACAUCUCUCCUCUACUGCUCAAGUGUGAUGACCCCGACAUGGCAGAAGAUCCUGGCGUCAUUCAGGUUGUCCAGCAACUGGACAGAGCUUGUCGGGACGCGGGAUUCUUCUACGUGAUAGGUCAUGGAAUCUCGGAGGAUCUUAUCAAGAAAGUCAGAGAGAUCACGCGUGAGUUCUUCAUGCUUCCUUACGAUGAGAAACUUAAGAUCAAGAUGACUCCUGCUGCUGGAUACAGAGGAUAUCAGAGAAUUGGAGAAAAUGUAACCAAGGGAAAACCAGAUAUUCACGAAGCCAUUGAUUGUUACAGAGAGUUUAAGCAGGGAAAGUAUGGUGAUCUAGGCAAAGCCAUGGAAGGACCAAACCAGUGGCCAGAGAAACCUCAUGAGUUCAAAGAGUUGAUGGAGGAGUAUCUAAGGCUCUGUACAGAUCUUUCAAGAAACAUCUUGAGGGGAAUUGCAUUAGCUCUUGGAGGAUCACCUUAUGAGUUCGAAGGAAAAAUUGCUGGAGAGCCUUUUUGGGUGAUGCGUCUUAUUGGCUAUCCUGGUGCUCCCUUCACAAAUGGCAAGCUCGAAAACGACGUCGGAUGCGGAGCUCACACUGACUAUGGCUUGUUAACUCUUGUAAAUCAAGAUGAAGACAAAACAGCUCUACAGGUGAGAAACUUGGGUGGAGAUUGGAUAUCAGCCAUUCCCAUCCCUGGAUCAUUUGUUUGCAACAUUGGCGACAUGUUAAAGAUACUUUCAAAUGGAGUAUACGAAUCCACACUUCAUAGAGUGAUCAAUAACUCUCCUCUAUACCGUGUCUGCGUUGCAUUCUUCUAUGAGACUAAUUUCGAUGCGGUGGUGGAGCCAUUUGAUAUAUGUAAAGAUAAGUACCCUGAAGGGAGAGGAGAAUCACAAAUUUUCAAAAGAGCUGUCUAUGGAGAGCAUCUGGUGAGCAAAGUCCAGACAAACUUUGCAAUGUAAUGUAACAUAGAUUUCUCUCACCUUUGUACACAAUCAUCAGUACUUCACCUUCUGGCUUGGCUUGUAAAUUAUAAUAAGCGCUUCCUCACGUCUGUAUUAUUAAUCAACACAAAAGGUUUUGUUCAAAUUCGUUUGAGCAUACCCAAUCGACUCAGUAAACAGUAAGUCAUCUUAAUGAAUUAUGUGUGAGCCUCUAA